GAAGUAAUUUUUGAGGUGCACACUCGCGCUUGCCGAACGCAAUUGCACGCUGGUUUUCAAGGCGCAGUCGCUAUACAGCAGUUGCUAUAGCAUAUACGUCAAGUGUUGAAUAUGCAUACUAUGAGGGUUUUGAAUAUGGUUGUAUAACUUGUUCUCAGACUAAGCAGCGCUGGGGAGCGCAAAGCGUGCGGGUUUGAACCCAAAUGCUGCUGUCGCUGCAAAAUGGAACAGCUGGCCUCCAGUUGGGAUGUUCACGGCACCCGGGGGCGCUGCACCGCACUUGUGGCCGCGCGGCGACCGCAUCCACGCCGUUGGACUGGCCGCUGAGCGAUUCUGCGCAGCAGGAUGCUCUGCAAGGUGCUGUCAAUGAGGGACUGCGAGAGCGACCUGCACGAGCUGUAUCAACCGGCCCCGACCAGGCUGCGGGAAUUCGGCCACGCCUUAUCCCCCCUCGUCGACGCCAGCCGCAACAUCGCGCCCUCCGCGCGGACGAGGGCCGUACACAGCAGGCAUCCAGCACUACCGACGGCCCAUCCACCAGUGGCCGCGAGCACUACACUGCGGCUUCUGCGCCAUGGCCGCAGCCGCAGGGAAGGGCACGCAUCAUGCCGCUACCCCGCUCCUCGCCUGCCGCCUCCACGUCCUCCAUGGACGUGGAGCUGGAGGCGCUCAUCUGGGCCAUUGCUUCGGCACGUGGAAGCAGUGGUAACAGCUGGAGCACGAGUGGGCGCGGCAGCAGCGGCAGCACCAGCCUCAACAGCACGGGCGGGAUUGGCCCCAGCGCGGCCGCUGCGGCGGCCGUCGGCGGUCCGGCACAGCACAGCUGGACGCCGGAUUCGCUGCUGGCCGCACUUGACUUGGCGCUACCAGACAUGGCACGGACGCGGCGGUCUGAAGUGGCGGCGCAGCAAGGAGACUAUUCGAGCGCGGCCUGGAGCGACACCGGUGGCGCUGAGGAUGCCAGGAGCAGGAGCCAUAGCGGCAGCGGGCUGGCCUCGGUGCUGCUGCCGGCACUGGUGGCGCCCGCCUCCAACCUGCACCCGCCGUCAUCCAGCUUAACGUGGUCUCCCGUGGGCGUGCCAGAAGAAGUGAGCAACUGGCUGGACGCGAGUGCAGUCCAUGCAGACCUGGGCGAGGCGCGCAGCGACACUGCUGGCGGCAGCGGGCACGGCAGCGCCGUACUGGCGGGCCCGGGGUCAAGCCCUCACGGACCCCUGCCGCAGCCCACGUCUUUCCUUUCGUCGCAGACUCGGGGCUCACCGACGCCCUGGCGAGGAGCUGAGCCAGGCCUUGCUGACGCGGGUAGUGUGCAGCUGAUGGGCCCACUGGCUGCUGAGGGGCCGGCGCUGGCCAGCCUGAUGUGCGCGGCGGCCGGCGUGGCCUGGCUGACCCCGACCCAGCAGCAGCAGCAGGCUGCAGGCGACUGGGGACGAGCCCCUUCUGCAACAGUACUUACUCACACCGCAGUAACGUCGUCAUUCAAUGCGCUGGACCCGGCGUUGGAAUGGGCGCUCGCCGUGCUCAGCACCCGGGUCUCGCCGGCUGAGCCCGCGGCGGCUGAUGUGCGCCUGGCCAACCGCACCUUCGCCGCGCACGUCCGCCGCGCUGGUGGGCUUGACGCGGCGCGGCCAGAGUCGCAUACACACGUGUUUUCGUCCGGCGUACCGGCUGCUAGGCAGGCUCCAUCGACUGCUCUGCCAUGGCAGGUGCUGCAGCCGCUGCUGACGGCGGUGGGCAACCGCCUGAGCCCGUGCUCGGCCCUGGCGCUGCUCCAGGUGUUGGUACGGCAGGUGGGCAGCAGCUGGCGACAGCAGCAGCCUGGGGACGCCUCCUCCCCUCUGUCCCACCGACAGCAGCAGCAGGUGGCGGCCACAUGCCAGGCGCUAUUUGCGGCGGCGCUCCGGCGGCCGGGCCAACUGCCGCGAUCGACUGCCGCGGGGCUGCUGGUGGUGCUGCGGCGGCUGCAGCUGCACUCGCCGCCUACCUGCGCGCUGCUGGUAGAGCGGCUGCUGGCGGGACCUGGUGUUGCGGAGGUUGCAGGUGGCGUUGCGGCUGAUCCUGGAUCCACUGCUAAGUUGGAGGCAAACAGAAAAGGCGGCAAGCGGCUGCGGCUGGCGCUGCGCCACGGCCAUGGCUGGGGGCGCGGCGUCACGCCUCUGCGGCUGGAGUGGGUGGCCAUGGCCCUGUCCUGCCUGGCCCAGCUGCGGGUGCCGGCUGAGGCCCUGCCGCGGAGGACGGUGACGCGGCUGUUCAGGAGCGCUGUUGCGCCCGCCAACCGCCAGCGCUGGACGCCCUCGCUGGCCGCCGCCCUGCUGGUGUGGGCAGCUCGGCUGCACUGCCGCCCGCCCGCCGGCGCCCUGCAGCUGUACAUGACCGGGCUGGUGGAGGUGCGGAGCGGGGCGUCGCGGCUGGUGCGGCUGCGGCGGCGUGCCGGCACGGGCACCGGCAGCAGCCCCACGGGCUCCAUGGACAGCGCAGCCACCUCGUCACCGGCACAGCCCUGGAGCCUGUUGGCCCGCUUGCGCGGUCCCCAGUUGAUGGCGGUGCUGGAGGCGCUGUGGCGGCUGUACGGGCCGGAGGCAUCGACGCAGGCGGCAGCAGCUGCAGCGGCGGCAAGCGGCAGGAAGGCCUUGUCGCCUGUUUCGGGACCGCCACACAGCUUUCAGCGUCGUCUCGCGGCCGCGCUGAUGGGUCGGCUGCACCAGCUGCCCCGCCAGCAGCUGUUCCGACUGCCGCUGCUGCUGGCGCGGCUGGGGCUGACCAGCCUGCGGCAGCCGGACCACCUGCAGGCCUUCUCCGCACGGGUGCAGCAGGUGGCGGGCGGCUGCGACGCGCUGGACGCAGUGCUGCUGCUGCGCGGACUGGCGGCGGCAGCGCGGGACGAGUUGCAGACGUCUCACGGCGCGACACCUGCGUCCGGGUACUGCGGCUGGCAGCGCGGCGAGCUCGCGGACUUGGCCCUGCGGCGCUACACGGUGCUGCUACCCUCAGCGAGUCCGCGCUUCUCAGCCGCCGCCCUGCAAACACUGCCAUUGCUGUGGCCGCCGCUGGACGUGGCUGCUGCGACCGCCGCUGCCCCCACUGGUGCGGCUGCCACCUCGGCCGAGGCUGACCUGCAGCGGCGGCGCGCCGCGGACACGGCGGCUGAGCGGCAGUGGCUGCUGCAGCAGCUGGACGACCACCUGGCGGAGGCGCUCGCGGCGGAGGCGGACCGGCUGGCGCAGGCGGCGGCGGAGGCGGCCAGCCGGCGCGGCAGCCGGCGCGGCAGUCGCAGAGGGCCCCGCAGGUUGGAGCACGACACGGGUGUGGGCCAGCUGGUGCUGCAGGUCCUGGAGUCGCACGUGGCUCUGCGGCGGCGGCCCUCUCCACGGCUGCAGGCAGCGCUGGAAGCCGCGGUGGUGGCGGUGGCACCCGCACUGGGAACUAAUGGCUGCGCACGUGUGCGGGCCGCGUACUCGGGUCUGGGUCUGAGUGCGGGUGGCCGCCUGAGUGUGGCCCUGGUCACGUUUGGGUGAAGGGGGCUGCGCUCGCGCUAGUUAGUUCGGCUGCUAUCAGACGCGUGUUCACGCAUUUGUGUUUCAAGGACGAAGUGCAUGAUGCGAAGGUAGCUUGGUCGGUUUGGGAUCGUCAAGUUGCCAUGAGGCCAGACAGGAUAUGAGGAAGCGAAGGA